AUGGUGGUGGAAACGCAGGACGAGUUCAUGGCAGACGGCUCUGACUCGGGUCGUGGAGCAUCCAAGGCCCCGAGGCUGUUCAUCAGGGAAAUGGUUAUGAGGAACUUCAAGUCUUACGCCGGUGAACAACGUGUUGGUCCUUUCCAUAAGAGCUUUUCUGCAGUUGUUGGACCCAAUGGGAGUGGGAAAAGCAAUGUGAUAGAUGCAAUGCUCUUUGUAUUUGGAAAGCGUGCUAAGCAGAUGCGACUUAACAAAGUUUCAGAGCUUAUUCAUAACUCCACAAAUCACCAGAAUCUGGAUAGUGCUGGAGUUUCUGUUCAUUUCCAGGAGAUCUUUGAUUUGGAUGAUGGCACAUUUGAAGCUGUUCCGGGAAGUGAUUUUGUAAUCACUAGGGUAGCGUUUCGCGAUAACUCCUCCAAAUAUUUCAUUAAUGACCGUGCAAGCAACUUCACUGAAGUUACCAAGAAACUGAAAGGGAAAGGAGUUGACCUGGACAACAAUCGUUUUUUGAUCCUUCAGGGUGAAGUUGAGCAGAUUUCGCUGAUGAAGCCAAAAGGUCAAGGAUCUCAUGAUGAAGGUUUUCUUGAAUACCUAGAGGACAUUAUCGGAACUGACAAAUACGUUGAAAAGAUUGAUGAAUCAAAUAAGGAGUUAGAAUCCCUCAAUGAGAAAAGAUCUGGUGUGGUGCAAAUGGUCAAGUUGGCAGAGAAAGAAAGAGAUGGCUUGGAGGAUGUGAAAAACGAAGCCGAAGCCUACAUGCUGAAGGAGUUGUCACUUCUGAAAUGGCAAGAGAAAGCCACAAAAUUGGCUCAUGAGGAUACCACGGAAAAAUUGGUUCAUCUACGAGAAAAUAUGUCCAGCUUAGAAGGAAAUCUAAAGACCGAAAGGGAGAAGAUUCAGGAGAGUAAUGAUGCAUUGAAGGAGCUUGAAUCUGAGCACAAUAAACAUACAAAACAACAGGAGGAACUUGAAACUGACCUCAGAAGAUGUAAGGACGAAUUUAAGCAGUUUGAAAGGGAGGAUGUUAAACAUCGGGAGGAUAUGAAGCAUGUGAAACAGAAGAUCAGGAAACUCAAUGAUAAAGUCGAAAAGGACUCGUUAAAGAUUAAUGACAUAGAGAAGGAGUGUGAGGACUCCACAAAUAUCAUCCCAAUACUUGAGCAAAGUAUUCCACAACUGCAAAAAUCCUUGCUGGAUGAAGAAAAAAUCCUAGAGGAAAUUAUAGAGAACUCAAAAGCGGAAACUGAAAGUUAUCGCUCUGAGCUUACAAAAGUUCGUGCUGAAUUAGAACCUUGGGAAAAGCAACUGAUUGAGCACAAGGGGAAACUUGAAGUUGCAUGUACUGAGGAGAAGCUUUUGAAUGAAAAGCAUCAAGCUGGUCAUACAGCUUUUGAAGAUGCUCAAAAGCAAAUGGAUGAUAUAUUGGGAAGGAUAGAAACAAAAACUGCUGGCAUUUCAAAAAUUCAAAGUGAAUUAGAAAAGAGCAAGCUUGAAGGAAUGGAAGCUCGUAGAGAGGAAAAGGAUUACAUCAAAGAACAAGAAGCUCUGAUUCCUUGUGAACAAGCUGCAAGACAGAAGGUUGCAGAACUUAAGUCCAUUUUGGAUUCUGAAAGGAGUCAAGGAACAGUUUUAAAAGCAAUUUUACAUGCUAAGGAGUCCAACCGAAUACAAGGAAUACAUGGCCGAAUGGGUGAUUUAGGUGCUAUUGACGCAAAAUAUGACAUUGCCAUAUCAACAGCUUGCUCUGGACUUGACUACAUUGUGGUGGAAACAACUAGUGCAGCACAAGCAUGUGUUGAGCUACUCCGAAGAGAGAAUCUUGGGAUUGCAACUUUUAUGAUAUUGGAAAAGCAAGUUGAUCUUUUACCAAAGUUGAAGGAGAAUGUCAGCACUCCAGAAGGUGUUCCACGCCUUUUUGAUUUAGUUAAAGUUAAGGAUGAGAGAAUGAAACUUGCAUUCUUUUCAGCAUUGGGAAAUACCAUUGUAGCUAAAGAUCUUGACCAGGCGACACGCAUUGCAUAUGGUGGUAACAGAGAAUUUCGACGAGUGGUAACACUUGAUGGUGCACUAUUUGAAAAAUCUGGUACUAUGAGCGGUGGGGGUAGUAAGCCGCGUGGUGGUAAGAUGGGCACUUCUAUUCGUGCCGCCAGUGUUUCUGGGGAAGCUGUUGCAAAUGCUGAGAAGGAGCUCGCAGCCAUGGUUGAUUCACUAAAUAACAUCCGCCAACAAAUUGCUGAUGCAGUGCGGAGAUAUCAAGGCUCAGAAAAAGCAGUUGCACGCUUGGAGAUGGAAUUAGCUAAAUGCCAGAAAGAGAUCGACAGUUUGAAUUCACAACAUGGUUAUCUUGAGAAACAAAUUGGUUCCCUGGAGGCUGCAUCACAGCCAAAGAAGGAUGAGCUUGAUCGGCUAGCUGAACUAAAGAAUAUUAUUUCUCUUGAAGAAAAGGAGAUGGAUAAACUUACACAAGGGUCUAAGCAGCUGAAGGAGAAGGCCUCGAAGCUACAGAGUAAUAUAGAAAAUGCUGGUGGUGAAAGACUAAAAGCACAGAAGUUAACAGUCAAUAAUAUUCAGUCUGUUAUUGAUCAAAAGAACACUGAGAUUAACCGCCGCAAAGUCCAAAUUGAGACUGGCCAGAAAACACUAAAGAAGCUGACAAAGGUGAUUGAAGAAUCGAACAAUGAGAAAGAACGACUUGAGAAGGAGAAGGAAAAAUUAUCUGACAAAUUCAAAGACAUAGAACAGAAGGCGUUUAAAGUUAAAGAGAAAUACGAGGAAAUACAGAAGCUGAUUGAUAAACAUAGAGAUGUGUUGGAUAAAGCGAAAUCUGACUAUAACAAGAUGAAAAGGACUGUGGAUGACUUGCGGGCAUCAGAGGUUGAUGCUGACUUUAAAUUACAAGAUAUGAAGAAGCUAGGAAAGGAGCUGGAGUUGAAGGAGAAGGGUUACAAGAAAAGGCUUGCUGACUUGCAAAGUGCCCUUGUAAAGCAUAUGGAACAAAUUCAGAAAGACUUGGUGGACUCUGAAAAGCUUCAAGCAACCCUGGCAGAUGAAGUCCUAAAUAACCCUUGUGACCUUAAAAGGGCCCUUGAAAUGGUAGCACUCCUUGAAGCGCAAUUGAAAGAGAUGAAUCCGAAUCUUGAUUCAAUUGCAGAGUAUCGGAGAAAGGUCUCAUCAUAUAAUGAACGAGUUGAGGACCUUAACAUGGUCACUCAACAGCGUGAUGACAUAAAGAGGCAGUAUGAUGAGUGGAGAAAGAAGAGGUUGGAUGAGUUCAUGGCAGGAUUUAAUGCAAUCUCUUUGAAGUUAAAGGAAAUGUAUCAGAUGAUCACGCUGGGAGGUGAUGCAGAACUAGAGCUAGUGGACUCCCUGGACCCUUUCUCUGAAGGUGUUGUUUUCAGUGUCAGACCGCCAAAGAAGAGUUGGAAGAAUAUUGCAAAUUUAUCUGGUGGUGAAAAGACAUUGAGCUCGUUAGCUCUUGUUUUUGCACUGCAUCAUUACAAGCCUACCCCUCUUUAUGUAAUGGAUGAAAUCGAUGCCGCUCUAGACUUCAAGAAUGUCUCUAUUGUGGGCCAUUACGUGAAGGACCGGACAAAGGAUGCACAGUUCAUAAUCAUAAGCCUCAGGAACAAUAUGUUUGAGUUGGCAGAUCGACUGGUUGGGAUAUACAAAACAGAUAAUUGCACAAAGAGUAUCACCAUCAAUCCAGGAAGUUUUGUGGUCUGCGAAAAUGCUGCUUGA